CCAACGGAAGCACAGCACUGUGGCGACGUAAACUUGGUCAUUACAAAAAGAGGCCAAUAAUUCGAACACAAUUUUCGUUACACCGUUUCCAAAGAAAGUCAAAAGAAGACAGAAGUUCUUUGGUGAAUAUCUUCGAAGCCAGCUUUAUCCGUUUGCUUUACAUGGUUUUAUUUCAACCCCAUGGUUUCAUUCCUUCCUACAUGGUGUUAUGGAUAGCACACAAGGGAGAGCGUGCGACUUGUCACAGACUCGUUCAUAUACAGGCGUCUGGAACACGGAAGUAUGACAGAAGAACAAGUGAAUCAGUCUGGUCAUCAGAACCAUCAAGCUUUGCAAUAUUUCAGUCAGUUUCAACUUUAGAACACGUCAGUAAUGUAGUCUUAACUUACCAGCUUUUUGACUGAUUUCAGUCGGUUUCACCGGGAGUUUUAACCCCUUAAAGAACAUUGAGCAUUGAUCUUGCUUCAGUGAUAACAUCCCAAACCACCACAAAACAUGUACCAGCCAUCUCUGAAACAGUGGGACGAAGACCGGAAGAGGUUAAGGGUCAUCUAUGAUCAUUCCCGGGCAAAACCAGUAGAGAGGAAGAACAAAAUCAAGAAGAGUAGACAGGCGGCUUUCAGGUCUGUUCUGGCAGAGAGGACAAAGCCAUCGAUACAGCAUCAAGACACCAAGUCGAACACGUCAGAUUCAUCAUUGGGCAAAGUGCAAAGCGGAGCACACGCCAAAAGAGACGAAGCUUCAUCACAGAGACAAAAAGGGUCUCAUCACAUGAUACAGAUCUUCAUCAAGACGCCAAACAUCAGCCCUAAAAACCUUUGUCUACGACUCAAUCAUAACACAACUGUUUCCGACCUGAAAAAUAUCAUUCACAGCAAGUUGGGCAUUCGUCCUGCAUUGCAAAAUCUGUACACAAACAACCAAGGAUUUAAGUUGUGUGAUGAUUUGACUCUUCUUGAUCUUGGCAUCAAACCGGAGACAAACAUUGAUCUUACACUGGCAAAAGGUUUGCUUGGAGGCGCCCCAAAACUUGACAAGGCAGUCCUACUACGGACUUUAGCGAGAAAACUCGGCACAGACUGGCAGCAACUCGCAGUCAAGCUUCGGUUAGGACCAGCAGAUAUCAGCCAAUUCGAAAGCCUCGUUGGUAGCAACCCGGAGGAACAGGCAUUUCAGAUGUUAGAUUCUUGGUGGAGGAAGCAAGCUGAUCAUGACACAGAUGACACAUGGGCAGGGGAGUGGUUGAAAGCAGCAUUGAUUUUAAUAGGUCGUCGAGAUUUAGCUGCAAUGAUCCCAGGUUAUGCACCCACAACCAUAGGAGCGAGUCAUACAGACGAAGUUCACAUCAGAAAGCAGUCAGCGGAGCACCAGGAUUCACCCAUUAAUGAGAAGAUGUUACGAGUCCUAGCCGAGAACAUUGGAAAAGAUUGGAGGCAACUCGCUACUUAUUUAGGUGUUACAGCUGCACAGAUUGACACCUAUCAAAUCGAUUACCAAAGUGACCUAAAGGAACAGGCAUUCCAGAUGCUACUGGGUUGGCUGAGAAGGCAACCUGACCAAAAGGACGCUGAAAACGUGUUGAUCGAGAAGCUUAAAGAAGUCGGCCGUUUUGACAUGGUUCAAAUGGUAACAGGUGUGACGGGGCUCCCUUUCAAAGCUAUGAGUGAAACUUUGGUGAGUCAUUACAAGGAGACAUUGAAAGUGAACACAUAUCCAACAUGUAAAGAUCUGGCAGCUGAUAUGGAGCAACUUUACGUCAGUUUAGAACUUCUGCGAGAAACCAACCUACCUGGUCAGCCACUCAUAUUGGAGUCAGGUUCAAAGAAGGGAAAUAAUAAAACAGACCGUACAAUGACACUUGAUAUUAGCGAACAUGGGGUCGAUGAAAACCAAAAAGAGUACAAGAAAAUUCCCCUCGAUUCAUACGAAGACAUGUUAAGCUCUGAUAAGAAGAGAAUCUUAAUCACCGCUGAAAGUGGGUAUGGUAAGUCAACGCUUCUUAAGAAGAUAGCUUAUGACUGGGCUGUGUUACAGGGUGGUACUCACUCGACUCCCCAAAAGAAAAAGUCACCUCUGUCAAUGUUUAAGCUUGUCAUAUUGUUGGAGAUAAACAAAAUGGGGGGGAAAUUCAACAUUGUGAAUGAGACAUUUUCUCAAAUAUUGCCUGAAACCGAAUUUGAGAAGAAGCAUCUCCAAAACUUUAUCACACAACACCCAGAUAAAGUUCUUUUUCUUCUUGAUGGAGCAGAUGAAGUCUCAUUCGAGACACUUCAGAAAGCAGAAGAAGACUUCAGCGUUAACAAUGUCCUCUCAUUCAAGUCUCUGAAACGAUGUAAGGUAAUUGUAACAAGUCGUCAGUCUACCGCACUAAAGUUACUGAAACGCAAUCCAGAUUUCACACGAGUUAACAUAGUUGGAUUCGAUGACAAGAAUAAGAAAGAAUAUAUCCGUAGAUACUUCAGCAGCUAUAAUUCCGAACACCAUGAUCAUGUUUAUUCUGAAAUAAAUAAGUCUGAAACACUCCGUAGUUUAGGGGAGAUUCCUCUGUUUCUUUGGCUAAUGUGUUCAUCUUUAACACAGCCCGGAAGUCAACUACCUGACAGGAUUUCAGAACUGCUUCGUCUCGCCACCAGCUUAAUGUAUGAGCAAAAGAUAAGCAAAGAUUGCACAUCCAAGCCCCAGCAGAAAAUAACCGAAGAGGGGUUUAAUUUGCUGAUGACCAAACUUGGGCGGGUUGCACUUGGAGGUUUAACAAGUCGUGGAAAGUAUUCCUUCGCAGUUUCAGAGUUUGAUUCAGAGGACGAUGUCAAUUUGGGAUGUGAUGUCGGCUUGCUGACCCGAGUACAAAUCAUGCACGGUAUGAAAAAGGUUGAACAAGUCAAGUUCUACCACACGAUAUUAAUGCAGUUUUGUUGUUCCGUUUACCUGUCUGGUAUUACGGAGUCAAAUACUGGCAAAUUCAACGAGCACAUGUCAACAUUGUUAGAAGGAGACGUAGAAAGAUUUGGACACUUAUUCCGUUUCUGCAGCGGGAUGAACACAAAAGCCGCACAAUGCGUUGUAGAAAUGACCAAGAAGCACCUUUCGGUUUACAAUAAAAACAGUCCUGUUGAUUGCGAAAGGUAUGUCUGUUUACAUAAGGUAAUGAUGUUGGCUUUGUUUGAAGCCAAUCUUGGUGUGACUGUCAAAACCCUGGAGCUAGAUGAGUGGGUAAGAUUUCCGUACAAGCUGAAAGGAGAAGACCUACUGGCAGCACAUUACUUUGUUCAAAACCUACAGCAACGAUCCAGUCUUCAGCAUCUUUCACAUUUAACGAUAAUAUGUCAAGGACAGACCGAUUUAGAUCUCCUAGAACAAACAAUGGCUGGUAUAGUGAUGUGUGAUUUAACAUUAGAAGUAGUAGGAGUCAAUAUGAGCGACAAGAUACAUAAACUCAAAAACAUUUCUAAAUGUGUAAUAUCACUGUCACUCAAAAAAUGUCAGUUAAGCUGUGUUUCUGUCCCUGGACUUUUCAAGUUACUUAAAUCUGCUACCAAGUUGAAGAUACUUGAGUUGAGUGGAAACAAUUUGCACGGUUUGAAAUCGGUUCAGAUGCCCAACAAUCUUUCCUUAAGGUACUUGAUACUGAAUGACUGUAAGCUGACACAGGAUGAUAUCGGGCCACUUUUCUCCAUCGUGGCUGCAGCAGGUAGUGUAACAAAACUGCGUAUACAUGAAAAUGAUCUCCAUGGUAUUAAGGCGGAAGAGAUAACUCCUGUUUCCUCAUUGGACGAAUUGCACCUAAUUACAUGUGGUAUACAGAUUGAUGAUAUCGGGCCACUUUUCUCCAUCGUUGCUGCUGCAGGUAGUGUAACAAAUCUCGUUCUGUGCAGAAACGAUCUCCAUGGUAUCAAGGCGGACGAGGUUACUCUUGUUUCUUCCCUGAAGGAAUUGCAUCUAUACGAAUGUGGUAUACAGGGUGGUGAUAUUGGGCCACUUUUCUCCAUCUUGGCUGCUACAGGUAGUGUAACAAAACUCGUUCUAAUUGGAAACAAUCUUCACGGUAUUAAGGGGGAUGCGAUAACUCGUAUUUCUUUAUUGAAGGAAUUGCAUCUUUACGAGAGCGGUAUACAGAUUGAUGAUAUUGGGCCACUUUUCUCCAUCAUUGCUGCAGCAGGUGAUAUAAGAAGGCUCGUUCUAUACAGAAACGAUCUCCAUGGUAUUCAGGCGGACGGGAUUACUCGUGUUUCUUCAUUGAAGGAAUUGCAUUUAAACUCUUGUGGUAUACAGGGUGGUGAUAUUGGGUCAGUUUUCUUCGUCUUGGCUGCUACAGGUUGUGUAUCGACACUUGUUUUAGUCAAAAACGAUCUCCAUGGUAUUAAGGGAGACGAGAUAACUCCUGUUUCCUCCUUGGAUGAAUUGCGUCUAUGUGAAUGUGGUAUACAGAGUGAUGAUAUUGGGCCACUUUUCUCCAUCGUGGCCGCUGCACGAAAUGUUACAAAACUUGAUCUUAUAGCAAACGAUCUCCACGGUCUUAAGGGAGACAAGAUAACUCCAGUUUCUUCUUUGAAGGAAUUACAUCUAUUCGCGUGUAGUAUACAGAGUGGUGAUAUUGGGCCACUCUUCUCUAUCGUGGCUUCUGCAGGUAGUGUAACGAGACUUGUUCUAGCAAAAAAUGAUCUCCAUGGUAUAACGGCAGACCUGAUAACUCCUGUUUCUUCCCUCAUUGAACUGCAUGUAGAGGCGUGCGGUUUACAAAGUGAUGAUAUUGGGCCACUUUUCUCCAUCGUGGCUGCUGCAGGAAGUGUAUCGACACUUGCUUUCAGUACAGACAAUCUCCAUGGUAUUAAGGGGGACGAGAUCGCUCACAUUUUCUCCUUGAAUGAAUUGCAUAUUAUCGCAUGUAGUAUACAGAGUGAUGAUAUUGGGCCACUUUUCUCCAUCGUGGCUGCUGCAGGAAGUGUUACAAAACUUGUUCUUAAUAAAACUGAUAUCCACGGUAUUAAGGCGGACAAGAUAACUCCUGUUUCUUCCCUGAUUGAACUGCACCUAGAGGCGUGCGGUAUACAAAGUGAUGAUAUUGGGCCACUUUUCUCCAUCGUGGCUGCUGCAGGAAGUGUAUCGACACUUGUUUUAGAUAAAAACAAUCUCCGUGGGAUUACGGGAGACGAGAUAACCCCUGUUUCUUCCUUGAACGAACUGCAUCUUUACGCGUGUGGUAUACAAAGUGAUGAUAUUGGGCCAGUUUUCUCCAUCGUGGCUGCAGCAGGUAGUGUAACGAGACUUGUUCUACGCAAUAACUAUCUUCAUGGUAUUCAAGGGGACCAGAUAACUAAAGUUUCUUCCUUGAAAGAUUUGUAUCUAGUGGCGUGCGGUUUACAACGUGAUGAUAUUGGGCCACUUUUCUCUAUCGUGGCUGCUGCAGGUAGUGUAUCGAAACUUGUUUUACGCAAAAACGAUCUCCAUGGUAUUCAAGGGGACCAGAUAACUCAAGUUUCAUCCUUGGAAGAUUUGUAUCUAGAGGCGUGCGGUAUACAAAGUGAUGAUAUUGGGCCACUUUUCUCCACCGUGGCUGCUGCAGGAAGUGUAUCGACACUUGUUUUAGACAACAACAAUCUCCGUGGGAUAACGGGAGACGAGAUAACCCCUGUUUCGUCCUUGAAUGAACUGCAUCUUAACGCGUGUGGUAUACAGAGUGGUGAUAUUGGGCCACUUUUCUCCAUCGUGGCUACUGCAGGUAGUGUAACGAGACUUGUUCUAAACGACAACAAUCUCCAUGGUAUUAAAGGGGACCAGAUAACUCCUGUUUCUUCCUUGAUUGAACUGCAUCUAGAGGCGUGCGGUAUACAAAGUGAUGAUAUUGGGCCACUUUUCUCCACCGUGGCUGCUGCAGGUAGUGUAUCGACACUUGUUUUAGACAACAACAAUCUCCGUGGGAUUACGGGAGACGAGAUAACCCCUGUUUCUUCCUUGAACGAACUGCAUCUUUACGCGUGUGGUAUACAAAGUGAUGAUAUUGGGCCAGUUUUCUCCAUCGUGGCUGCAGCAGGUAGUGUAACGAGACUUGUUCUACGCAAUAACUAUCUUCAUGGUAUUCAAGGGGACCAGAUAACUAAAGUUUCUUCCUUGAAAGAUUUGUAUCUAGUGGCGUGCGGUAUACAACGUGAUGAUAUUGGGACACUUUUCUCUAUCGUGGCUGCUGCAGGUAGUGUAUCGAAACUUGCUUUAGUCGAAAACGAUCUCCGUGGUCUUAAGAGAGACGACAUAACUCCCGUUUCUUCCUUGAAUGAAUUGCAUCUUUACACAUGUGGUGUGCAAAGUGCUGAUAUUAGGCCACUUUUCUCCAUCGUGGCUACUGCAGGAAGUAUUAAGAAGGUUUAUCUUCUAACGCCUGGUUCUUCGUUGGAGGUAUUCAGUCUGUAAGAUUGUGGUCUGCAGAUUAAUGACUUUAAGGCACUUUCUUCGUCCCCGAACAUGCUUAUCUGGGGUUCCGUUCUUUUUACACCACCGCCUACUUACAAAGAGUUGCUUAAUUUUUUUUCAAAUCAUCCUGUUUAGCUUUGCAAACAAGUGUGCUCAAGUGCAAGCUUUUCUCAAAGGUUUGGGGAACAAAUUCUUAUUUGUGCAAAGCACCGGAGGGUUAGCACGCCUGAUACCCAUUGUUAACAUUGUUUCAUCUGGCCACGGCGUUGCACAUCCAGUAACACAUGGCAGAAAUUGAAUGCAUUCUUGUUCACUUUGAAAUACUCAGAAUUGCCAGAAACUUAAAGGCAGCGGACACUAUUGGUAAUUACUCAAAAUAAGUAUUAGCAUAAAACCUUUCUUGGUAACGAGUA